CAGGAGUCCCAGGCGCUCUCGGCGCUGGACCGGACCCUGCUCUUCCGGAACCAGCUCGGCUCCGCGCGGGAGGGCCAGGGGCCAUACCCCAUCGAAUCCGUUCCCUACUUGGCCAUCGGCGACAUUCACGACGCACGCAAUAUACCGAAGCUGUUGGCGGCCAAUGUGGGAGCUGUGCUCAAUCUCUCAGACUUCGAGGGGUCUUUCGAGAAGUACGCCGCCUCUGGGAUCGCGUACCAGAAGAUCGACUGCCUGGACAUGCCCGGCUUCCCGAUCAUCGCCAAGAGUUUUCCCACGGCGCGCAUGUUCAUGGACGGCCAGGUCCAGCGCGGCAAGCGCAUCCUCGUGCACUGCAGCAUGGGCAUAAACCGCUCCGCGACGAUUUGCGUCGCCUACCUCAUGGCGCGGAUGUGCCACCGCGCGCAUGCGCGCGCCAAGUGCUGCGGCGAGCCCCGCGCAGGAGGGCCGGGCCGUGCACGCCUGGUGGCACCCCGCAGCGCGCGCCCCGGCCGCGGCGCCGUCGGCCUGCGCGCAUGGCUGCGUGCCUCUUGCUCUGCGGCCCGGCGCGGGCGCGUCGGCCCCCGCGGCGCUCUCGGGCACUGGCAAGCGGAGUGCGCCCGCGGCCGGCGCGGGCACCGCGCUGAGCGCGUGCCCGGGGACAGGGUCGGGCCUGGUCCGGCCGGAGGCCACGGGCAAAGUCUCGGGGCCCCCCAGGCGGGGACAGGUCGGGUCCCCUAAACAGGGGCACUGGUAAGCCCAGAGAUUGGCGCGCAAGAGAUAGCUGCAGCUGUGGGUGUCGAGACAUCUUUUCGCUGGCGGGAGUUCUCAAAGUCCUGGUCAGA